UGGCUUCAUGGGUUCAGCACACAUGUAAAGAUCGCGACUAGGCGCCAUGCAAAGCUCUUAAUCUCAUCACCGCAGAAGCCACACACUCUUGUAGACCCAUCUCAACCCCUCGCUACAACAUGGGGAACCAUCAACUGAACAAGGAUUAAGGUAGACCUAAAUUAAACCAGGAGAUUAAGAAACAUGACACCAUCCUAAUCCAGGCUGUACAUGCUCAGAGAACCAUUGCACAGAAGACAGAACGAUGAAGAGAGGACGGCUGCAUCCCGGAAGACUCCUCUAGAAGCGAGAAGAAGUACAAACAAAAGUGCCUGGAUUCCCUGGAUCAAAGCAACACGCAGUACGGCAUUUCACAUCCCUGAAGAGGUGUAAGGAGAACUCUUUCCUGUGAAGAACGUUUUGUGAAACUUUUGAAUUACUAGAAUGCCGUUGGAUUUUGGACAGUGAACACUGAAUCUGAGACUUGUUAGUGGGAUUUGAAGCCUUGGAUUGCCUUGGAGAUGCCUUUGAUUAUGAGAGAGAAGCUAAAACGCCUGUUAUUCCACUGACAGCUGGGCCACAAAAGGGAGCCAAGCAUAUCUUUGGACAUAAACGUCUGUUUGGAAAUACAGUCAAAUUCAUCUGCAGAUUAUGGAUUCACACAGCACCGCUGGCAGCAGAUGAGGACCUGUUGUUUUGCUCCCAGCUGCCGUUAGUUGUUGUGUCCCUGCUGCUCCUCUGUAAGCCCAGAGCACAGCCAUGCCUGUGGGCACCAAUCAGGUGGUCCUGAGCGGGCCAGUUCCUCGCCACAGCCUCUGGAGCCUGUCCGAGUCCGAAUGCGUGGAGGACGAGGUGGAGGAAGGGGGUCUGAAGAAGCAUCUGACACCCCUGGAGCGCCUGACCAUGAACAUGUGCCAUGACGAGAAGACCAUUAAGGAGGUGCUGGUAGGCCGCCGGGUGGGCUUCUACCAGGUCCGUGGACAGAUUGGCUACGGAAGCUUCUCCAAGGUCAAGCUGGCCUUCCAUGCACUCACAAAAGACAAGGUUGCCAUCAAGGUUCUGGACAAGACCCGUCUGGAUGGGCAGUCCCAGCGCAUGCUGUCCAGGGAGAUCUCAAGCAUGGAGGCCCUGCAGCACCCGAACGUGGUGCGCCUGUACGAGGUGGUGGAGACACCCAGCCGGAUGUACAUGGUGCUGGAGUAUGCUGGGGGCGGCGACCUUCACACCAGGAUCACCUCGGAGGGGAGGCUGUCAGAUGGCGUCAGCAAGCUAGUCUUUGCCCAGAUCCUGUCUGCCAUCAAACACAUGCAUGAAAAUAAUGUGAUUCAUCGCGAUCUGAAGGCUGAGAACGUGCUGUUCACCUGCGAUGGCUGUAUCAAGGUGGCCGACCUCGGAUUCAGCACCAAGGUCAAGCACCGGAGCGACCUCUUGGACACUUUUUGCGGCUCGCCCCCGUACGCGGCCCCCGAGCUCUUCCGCGACGACAACUACGUCGGGCCGCUCGUGGACAUCUGGGCCAUGGGGGUGCUGCUGUACUUCAUGGUGACGGGCACCAUGCCCUUCCGGGCGGACACGGUCAGCAAACUGCGGCGCGUCAUCGUGGAGGGCACCUACUCCAUCCCCACCUGGGUGUCGGCGCCGUGCCAGCGGCUGGUCCGGGGCAUCCUGCGCCAGGAGCCCGCCGAGCGCUUCGCCCUGGACCAAAUGCUGGGCUGCGAGUGGCUGCUGCCGGUGGAGAUGUGCCGCCCGCCACCGCCGGUGAAGCUCAACCCCACCUACCUGAUCGACGCCGAGCCGGACAGCCUGCUGGAGGAGGAGGAGGAGGUCAAGACGCGCCUGGAGGAGCUGGGCAUCACCAUGGAGCACAUCAACAACAACCAGGGCAAAGGGAGCCGCUGCGCCAUCACCGGGGUCUACCGCAUCCUGCUCCACCGCGCCCAGAUCAAUCGCGGAGUAGAGGGCCUGCCGGUCAUCGAGGGGGUGGUGAAAGACCCUAAAAGGGACAGUCUCCGUGCCUAUAGGGGCCUACGGCACACAUCAAAGUUUUGUGUCAUUGCAUGAUAGGACUACACAGAUAUUUGCCUGAAAUAGACGCACAACUAUUAUGGAUUUUAUGGAUGGCCACAUUGCACACUGUGUUGACGCACAGAGUUUAUUUCUUUGAAUAAUGAAUGUAAGUGCACACACCAAAAAAUAUGGGACACCCCCUUUGAAAAUAAACAUGCAACAUUUCUUGCAUCAAAUACUGCAGCAUAAUGCAUGCUAAAUAUCAUGUAAAGUAAUAGUUAUAUUACUUUCUCGUAAUAGUAUGUUAAAAUAUAUUUAUUUUAUAGGCAAAUAAUUUGCUGCCGUAAUUUCUUAUAUAAAGAUGUAAGAGUCAGAAAAGAAGGAAAUCAUAAUGCAUGGGC